AUGGCGCCAGUGCCGCAGGAAGAACUUCCCAUUCUCGAGGCCUUGAUCAAUAUCAGGAAUAGGCUUACCGCUUUGAAGAAAGAUCGUGGCGAGUUCAUCAAAGCUUCUGAUGUCAACCAACUCCACCAGGCGGUGGUUAAGCAAAUUACGAAGCUUAACGACUUACGAGAUGAUACAACAGCAUAUAAUAACAGAGUGGACACAACCCUUGCCGAUGUCUUCAGCUUACUCUCUCUGUUCUACCUCACAAUCGGCAAAACCAGAGACGCGCCAGCGACGUAUUGUCAGAUUGCCUCCAUGCGGCAAAUUUUAAAUCACAUGAAUGAAUCCGCCGUUUAUAACGAAGCCGAUCUCAAACCUUUUCAAAGGCGCUUAACAGACUUGCGUACCAUCAUCCAGCAAGAUGGCGAAAACGCUAAGAAUCCAAAACCGUUGACCAAGCUCCUCGAGAGACAACUGAACGAAUGCGAUGCCAUUGUACAACAAUUACAAGACUCUCUAUCAGUGUUAUCGCCUGAGCUCGUCCCAGUACAUCAGAAACUCGUUACAAUUCGACGGCAGCUUGUUGCUCUUGCUGCAAAGGAAGGUUCUCAGAAAGCUGAAUUGAAACCUAUUAUCGAGGAGCUUCGUAGAAUCGAUUCAACACGAGUUGACGGCAAAUUCUUGGGUCCCGGGGGCAUCGUACCAUCUUCACAAGCGAUUUGCUCGUCUCUCCUGGAGGAAUGUUUUGAGAUUAUUCAAGAGAUCAAAGCUCACGAAGACUCGAAGAAUGUGGCUUCGUCUCUCAAGCCCAUAUAUGACCGACUCAGCGAAAUCCGAGCAGAACUCGAAAGCCUGACAAUGACCCACCGAUGGAGUUUGCGAGAGACCGACCUCUGGAAUUACUCACUCAGUCUGCAAGAAAUUGAUAAAAUGAGAGUUGACGGUAAAUUCGUGGAUGCAGAUGGGAAUCGACCUCCAGGGCAAUACGUUCUUCUCUAUCUUCUGCGACGAUGUUAUGGUCUGAUAUACCGUCUGCUCUCUUCGAGCGAACCUGUUUCGGAAGAGCUUAUGCCUAUUGCAAAUAAAUUGACCACUGUGAAGAAAUGUUUGAACGAGGUUUUGAAAUACGGCGGGCCGUUCAACCCUCGCGAUUUAUAUCCUUAUCAAUUAGCCUUAUUUCAAAUCGACUCGAUGCGGAAGGAUGGGCGUUUCGUUGGAAUGGAUGGGUCCAUCCCAGAGGGACAAGGUAUCAUAAAUGCAAAUCUGAGCGAAUGUCAUGAGCUUGUUGAGAUGCUCAAGGAAUCUAUGGAUGAAGGUGAAACGGAGGAAGAUGAAGAUGAUUAUGAUUAUGAUUAUUCUGAUUCUGGAUCCGAUCUCGAAGGCGAGGAAAGACAGCAAUAA